AUGGACAAAUUGGAAGUGAGCACUUUAAAAACAAAUGUGAUUCCAUUGCCAAAUAACGUUGUGGAAGGUCUAAGACAUUUGGCGACAAUAGACAGUGACACUAGUCGAAAGCUAAUAGGAAACACGGUGAAAUUAACUCUACACCCUCAAGCCACACUUCAACCCAUACCAGAAAUAUAUGCAACCAAUAGCGCCAAGGCAAAACAAAGUGAAUAUGCUGUCUGCAGCUUAUUUUGCUUGGCGACAAAGCAUUGCCUCUCCGAAUUCGAACUAAGACAAAUGCUGGAAGAGAUUGAUUUAAGCGGUGCUAUCGUGGAGGAACUUGUCAAAACCUAUGUCGAUAACAAGAAGUCAUUGAUUCUGCGUCAUUUACAAAUUGGUCAUAGUUUUCCCCAUGUAACUGAUUUGCAAUGGCGCAUUGUAGCCGAUGUUAAAUCUUCAACUUCCGACAAGAGCAGUGGAGAGCCAGGAUUUUACAUCAAUAUGGGCCGGUAUAAACAAAACUCUGAUGGUGAAAGAGAGACUAUUGUAGAAUUUGUGUGCAAUACAGAGGAAUUACAGCUGCUAAUAAAUAAGCUCAAAGAAAUCGAGAGGCACUGCGAAAAGUGGUCCAAUGAUUCAUCUUGA